UGCUGUUUAUACACUGAACAGCUGGCCGAGCCAAGUUUCGUGUGUGUAUAUUUACGGUUUUUUCGAUUGGAUCGCGCCGAUCUUUUGUCAUGUUUUUCAGCGGAGUGGGUAUUCUUAGCAUUCUCCGCCCGUCAGCUCGCUUUGAAGGUAUAUAUUUCUUUAUUUCUUUUUUUCUUUUCCUUUUUUUAAAAAAAGAAAAACCCUGGCCUCGUUGCUUAAAGAAAAACGAGGUGAAAAAAGAAAUGGCGGAGGCACAAAAAAGGUAUAGACCGGGACACUUCUUUUAGCCGCAGCUAGCGCUGUACCGCGGUGAAGGGUAAGAGAGAAAGAGAGAGAGAGAGAGAGAGUUUUUCCAGGGUUUUUUUGGUGUGUGUGUGUGUGGAGCCGGACUGGAAAACAAAUUGGCCAACGAGAUAAAUCAGACGGUGUGCAACCAGUGAGCUGUUUGGAGAGAAAACAAUACUCAGCCAGCAGAGGUCUGAGAGGAGCAGAGUCGGCCGGGACUGCUCACCAGUUCGACCAGAUUUCAACAGAAAUUGUCUGUUUGACUACACAUUCAGGUCCGGUUUCACGUUUUCCCCCCCAGGGUAAAGUUGCUAGGAGAGAUAAAAGCUUCUUUAUUGCCUCUCUUCUCUGCUGCUCACAGGGCUCCUCUCACUCGAAGAGUGAGCAGCUGUCACGUAACAUCUCACAUAAUUCGGGCGUCUCUCAAUCUUUUCAAAUAUUUAGACCGACGACUCCCAUCCAUUUCAGAGCGAGUGAAUACAUUCGCUCGGGAAAACAAGAAGGAAGCGCUCGUCUCUCGACAAGACAUUGGCGCAUUCACAAAACAGUUGACGUGCCGGUGGAAAUUAACUUUGGUGCGGUGGUUUGUUUGUUGUUUGCUCCGGAGUCGACCACGCCUUUUUGGAAAGUGCGCAGAAAAUGACACAACAUCAACUGGCGUACUACGCAAUCGCAGCCCUGUGUGUAACCUUGAGGAUCACCUUUUGUGCCGCCGGAAGCGAUGAGACCAUCAAGCGUGACCAUCAGAAGGAGGAGCAGCAGCUGAUCCCUUUGACGAAAUGCUGCGAUAUCGGCCAGUUUUACAACGCCGGAUUCGAUCGCUGCCUGGAAUGGGAGAGCUAUUUGGCGGAAGUGCACUUAUUGGCGACGUCGUUCCAGGACGUGCCCCCAUUCUACAACGACAACGACGGCCGUGUUGUCCACCCGGUGGCUCCUAGCGCCUUUCUCCUAUCUUUGGCCAACUUCACUUUUUGUCCGGACGGACAGAUCGCCAGGAGCUCGCCCGACUUCCAACUAUUCAAAAACGGAUCGAUGAAAACUGUUGAAGGCAAGGCGCUCAAGUUUGGCGAAUUUUGCGUCGACAGAAUCAUCAGCCGGGAAUUAGGAGCCAACACGAAUGUAACUGCGGGAUUAUUUGUCGCCCGAUUUUGCAUUCCCGACCCGUGCGUCGUCAACAACCGGACGGGAUGCGUCCGCAAAUGCUGCCCAAACGGAAUGGCUCUCAACGGAGAAGAAAGAAUUUGCCAAGUCAAUUCGGCGCCGUUCGAGAUCCCGUUUCACGAUGAAAGUGGAGCCGCCCUUAACGCGUCCCAUUUCGGGACCUCCUCCUCUCCAAUCGUCAGCGAUGGAGUCUUUGUCGGCUGCCAACACGGGGCCUAUUCACUCCGGCCAUCCGUCGAAAGCGAUGAUAAGUUUUACAUCCUCCCCAAUGGCAGGAUCCACACGCCGGCACUCGGCGAAUAUCACGACGAUUACUGCAUCGACAAUUUCAUCGUCAGCGAAGAUGGUGUAGAAUUGCAAGCGUUGGUGUGUUUCCCUCCGCAAGCGGAAGAAAGCGAGGAGAACUCGGUCAUUCAAUCCAUUUAUCCUUAUUUCUUGUUUGUGUCUUCCCUGUUUCUGAUUGCGACCUUCGUCGUUCACGCCCUGCUGCCGGAAUUGCGCAACACUCACGGAGUGACAGUCAUGUGUCACGUUGCUUCCAUGACCGUCAUGUACGUCGGUCUGGGGACCAUCCAGCUCAGUCAUCAUCUCUCUGACGGUAUUUGCGUCGGAUUAGCCGUGACUGUGCAUUUUGCAUUUCUGGCCACUUUCACGUGGCUCAAUGUCCUGAGUUUCGACAUUUGGUGGACCUUCAACGACCGUCGUUUGCCCAGGAGGACUCGCAAAUUGGACCGUCGAUUCGCUUAUUAUUCGCUGUACGCUUGGUCAGUUCCCACAGUCAUUGUCGUUUUCGGCCAGGUAGCCGACAAUGUCAAAGAACUGUCCAAACACAUUUACCAGCCGGAAUUCGGAAUACUCAAGUGUUGGUUCCACACUCCUGGCUCCUUUUAUACGUUCCUCUACGGUCCCAUGGCUCUCCUGAUCCUGGCCAAUAUAUUAUUCUUUAUUAUGACGGCGACUGCUCUGUGCAGGACCAGAGUUGGGACGACUCGCAAAGAUGAGGCUAAUUUGUUCCACAGCAAGCAAAAAUUCCGGGCCAUCUUUGUCCUGUUUAUUCUGAUGGGAGUCUGCUGGAUCACCGAAGUGAUUUCCUUCGCCGUCGGUGGCUCCGCCUAUCUCUGGAUUCCGACUGACAUUCUCAACAUAUUAACGGCCGUUUUCGUCUUCUUCGUCUUUGUCUGCAAGCCCAGCGUCUGGUCCCUUCUCAUGAAGAAGCAUCCGUCCUUGCAGAAAUUCGAUCGCCUUUGUCCCAACUGUAUGAAGUACGACAACGGCCAGCAAGAGAACGAGGAUCGAUCCUUCUUACAGCAAACGUCUAUUUGAGAAUGCGUGCUGCAGAAUCACGUAGACAGUACUACUCCCUAUUCCCGCCGGCCAAACAAAAAAAAUUGCAUUGAGAUGCCUGACCACGAAUAAUUUUUGCUCGAUAUUUAAUCAUUUCGCAAACGUGAACAAUUUAAUAAACGGAUAGGUCUAUAAGAGCAAGGAGCGAAAACGAGUUGCACAGAAAAUAAAGCGCGAGUCUAUUGCAUUUUUAUUUAUUGUGCUUACCACUAGCUUUUGAUUGCUAUCAACUAGUUUUGCCAAUUUCUAGUUUAACGUAUUAUCCAAUUUUAUUCGAUUUAUUUAGUUUUUAUUAAUUUAUUAUUUUACUAUUUAUUUUACCCAAUCAAUUAUUGAAUAUUUGGUUUUGUAAGAUAAAUUUAAUCUGAUUUAAUCAAAAACGACAAUAAAAAACUCAUUUUUGCAAUCUG